GCUGAUAAUGGUACUUAACAAAAGAAACAAAUAUAAUACUUUAAAAUUACCUAGUAAUUUCCAUUGCCAAAUUAAUCGAUGUCAAUGGAUUGAGUUCAGCCUUACCCUUCAGUUUCUCUGCUGUUAUGGGCUCCGGCAAAGCCCAGAGUGGUAAGAAGACGAAGAAGAAGGUUCCCAAGAGUCCCAAGAAGAAAGGGAAUGAAGAUGAGACUACGAAGGAGACUAGCUUGGAAACUGAUACUGCUGCGGAACUGAAGGGGAAGGAGAAGGCUCAGACCUCUUCCUCCACGUCUGAGAAUUCGCCCCAACAGGUUGAGGAGGUUGUAGACUCUGUUGCUCAGGUGGGGAUAACUUCUGCUCUAGUGACCCCCCAUGUGCUCGAUGAAAUGCCUCAAUCAGACAAGAUUACUCCUAAACCUACUACCUUUGCUGACUUAUUCAAAGGUAAUAGGGACCCUGACCAAGGUAUGACGCUGAAACACUACGAUGUUGGCGAAGGUGUCCUCCGCAUUCCAGACUCUAUUAUCAAACCAGUGGAAGACAUUUGGGGCUUUUGUCUUGUGGGCUGCUUCACUGGGCAUUUCCCUGGGCUUAAGGCUGUUGAUGCCAUUGUCAAAAGCUGGAAUACUCCUUGUAGAAUCAUACCCCAUUGCAAGGGUUGGGUGGUGCUCAAAUUUGAGAAUGAUAAGGACCGGUAUGAAGUGCUUGGUAUGGAACGAAGCAAAGCUUAUGGAAAAGAGUUUAGAUUGAAAAUUCCCUCUCAUGGAUUCAUGUUUGACUUUGCUGAGUUCACCACAUUGCCUGUCUGGAUUCAACUACAUAAUGUCCCAAUGCAACUGUGGUCAGAAGAGGGUAUUGGAAUGCUGGCUUCCAAAGUGGGUAAACCUCUUCGUACAGAUUUGGUGACUAAACAACUGGGGAAAAGCGGCUUUUGUAGGGUUCUUGUUGAGGUGGAUUUCUCCCAAGAACCUGUAACAAAGUUUGAGGUGGAAUGCAUGGGAAAAACCUAUGUCCAGACAGUGGUAUUUGAGGAGGAGCCUCGGUACUGUUUCCACUGCCUCACAUGGAAUCAUAGCCCAUUCAACUGCAGGGCUUUGGAACUGAUUAAGAAGAAGGAAUUGGACAAGCCAGUGGUGCAAACAAAGCUUGUUUCUAAGGAGUGGGUUCCUAUUGGCAAGAGCAAAGGAGUUGGAGGCCAUACAGAACCAAAAGGGGGAUCUAUUCCUUCUUCUUCACACACUGCCAAGAACUUGGAAGAACCUCACACUGUUGGUGUUGGUGUUUUGAGUAAAGUACCUGUUGGAACUGGGGUUGGUGGGGCUGGCAUGGAAAACAGAAAGAAGAAAGUGCAGGAAGGUGCUCCUGUUGGAGGGAAUUAUGGUCUACUCUCUCCUCUUUUGCUGCUCCCCUCUUCUAGAAGAAGCAAGCCUUUUAGAUUCUUUAACAUGUGGAUCAAGCAUGAGACCUUUCAGGGUCUAGUCCUCCAGUAUUGGCAACCUCCUGUUCUGGGAUCCAAGCAGUUCUCUCUUUGUUCCAAAUUGAAGCGGCUUAAACAUCCCUUGAAGUCUCUCAACAACAACUCCUUUAGUCACAUAUCUAACAGGGCCAAGGAAGCUAAACAGGCUUACUCUGAUGUGAUGAAGGAGCUUAUGAUAAACCCUAAUGAUCAAGCUCUUCUGGACAAUGCUGAAAUCAAAAGGAAGAAUGCAAUUCCCUUCUUGGUUAAAGGGGAUGCAUCCAAAAUCACCUCCUUAAAAGAAGUUUCCGACUGCUUUUUGGAGUACUAUACAGCUCUUUUUGGGAAUGCCUCCAAUGUGGAACCCAUCAACCAUGAAUUUUUAACCACUGGACCCUCUGUCCCUGCCUCUGCUUACUCAUCCCUCCUGGUUACUGUUACAAUGGAGGAGGUUCGUGGGGUGGUUUAUGAAAUUGGCAGUGACAAGGCACCAGGACCAGAUGGGUAUACUGCUGCCUUCUUCAAGACCCAGUGGGAUAUUGUUGGGCAGGAUGUCUAUGGGGCUGUUCUGGAAUUCUUCAACACCGGGAAGCUCCUAAAAGAGUUGAACCAUGCUAUGAUUGUUUUGAUCCCUAAAACAACACAUAAUCCUUCUGGAAGAUCACUUGUGGAUAAUUUCCUCCUAGCCCAACACUUGGUUAGAGAUUAUGCAGUGAAAAGAUCUGUCCCUAGUUGCAUGAUUAAAUUGGACAUCACUAAGGCUUAUGACACGGUUUCUUGGAGGUUCUUGGAGGCAGUUAUGGUUGGCCUGGGGUUUCCUACUAGAUUCAUUUCUCUUAUUAUGGAAUGUGUAACCACAGCUUCCUCUUCUAUCAUGGUAAAUGGUGAGGGUCAUGGCUUUUUCAAGAGUAAGAGGGGUUUGAGACAGGGUGAUCCAAUGGCACCAACUCUUUUUCUCUUUUGCAUCGAGUACUUCUCUAGAAUGCUCAACACUAAAGCAAAAGAGGGAGUCUUCUCUUACCAUAAGGAUUGUGCUUCACUUGGCAUCACUCACUUGGCUUUUGCAGAUGAUAUCAUGUUGAUAUCAUUAGAUUAUGUUACUAUUAUACUUGGAUAAUCAAAACACAUAUAGCACCGAAAGGUUCAUGAAAACAGUAACAAAGAGCAACGAAUUGA